UGUCUUUGCCAAGACUGUGAGGCUCGUGGUGAUGAGCCAAAUUCACGUUUCUGGACCAAAGAUAUUGGAAGUCCAAACAAGCGUCAUUUUUAUCAACAGACGUUGAAAUAUAGUCGACAGCUUGUUCACUAAUCCGCAUACAUGAAGCUAUCCAUGUCUACUAUUGAGAGCGUAUCACGUGUAUGCAGAUAACGUUAGCGCCGAUCGCUUAUCAAAGUAGCAUCAAAAAUUAUUUUGGAGGGCCAAAAUUUAUCGCAAGUCCAAGAUAUUUCGAACAGCACUUUUCAACAGACAUAGCAAUUAUGGAUUCUGCCGAAUUACACAGCAAGAAGCGCAAGAGAAAGCACGGCAGUACCAAAGCCACUAUUGAAGAGAUUGUCCCUGCUACCAAUGGGUCCAGUCUUGCGACCGAAUCAAAAAUCAAAUCGAAGCACUCAAAGGAAGGCAAGCCGCCCAAGAAGCUGAAGAAGAAACACGAGUCGGAUGACGAGGAAGAGAUAUCUGGAGACAACGUUGUCGAAGUUGUGGAAGACGAGGAUGAGGGAGGAAUUGACGACGCCUUUUCGACAGACGAGGACGAGGCAGUUCCUGCAGAAGACGAAGACCAGGACGAUGAAGACGAUGGGGCAAUAGAUCUCGCUGAAGGAUCCUUAGCAGAAUCAGCGGCUCUAUCGUUACCAAAUACAGGUGCACAAGCACAAAAGUUCGAGGAACUGAACUUGUCCGCAAAGACAAUGAAGGCGUUGGCAGACAUGAAGUUCGAGAAGAUGACGGAGAUCCAACAGCGGGGUAUACCACCAUUACUUGCUGGAAGAGAUGUUCUUGGAGCAGCAAAGACUGGAUCCGGAAAGACUCUGGCAUUUUUGAUCCCGGCGGUAGAAAUGCUGAGUUCUUUGCGCUUCAAGCCUCGGAAUGGCACAGGAGUUAUCGUCGUCUCGCCCACCCGAGAACUUGCGUUACAGAUUUUUGGCGUUGCCCGAGAACUUAUGGCUCACCAUUCGCAAACAUAUGGUAUCGUCAUUGGAGGAGCGAACCGAAGAGCAGAGGCAGAGAAGCUUGCUAAGGGUGUCAACCUCUUGAUCGCAACUCCUGGUCGACUUCUAGAUCAUUUGCAGAACACACAGGGAUUUGUUUUCAAGAACCUGAAAGCUCUGAUCAUCGAUGAAGCAGACCGAAUUCUGGAGAUUGGUUUCGAGGAUGAGAUGCGACAGAUUGUCAAGAUUCUACCAAAGGACGAGAGACAAACGAUGCUAUUCUCAGCCACACAGACGACAAAAGUCGAGGAUUUGGCACGAAUAUCACUACGGCCUGGCCCGCUUUACAUCAACGUCGACAAUCAGAAGGAACACAGCACAGUCGAGGGUCUAGAGCAAGGCUAUGUUGUCUGUGAUAGCGACAAGCGAUUCCUCCUCCUAUUUUCGUUUCUCAAACGCAACAAGAACAAGAAGAUCAUUGUAUUCUUCUCGAGUUGUGCUUGUGUAAAGUACCACUCUGAACUCCUGAACUAUAUCGAUCUUCCUGUUCUCGACCUUCACGGAAAGCAGAAGCAGCAGAAACGAACGAAUACUUUCUUCGAAUUCUGUAAUGCUAAACAAGGCACUUUGAUUUGCACAGAUAUCGCAGCUAGAGGUCUCGACAUCCCUGACGUAGACUGGAUUGUACAAUUCGAUCCACCUGAUGACCCCAGAGAUUACAUCCAUCGUGUCGGACGUACAGCUCGAGGAUCAAACGGCAAAGGACGCUCCCUAAUGUUCCUCCAACCCUCAGAAGUCGGUUUCCUAGCCCAUCUCAAGACUGCCCGUGUCCCAGUCGUCGAAUUCGACUUCCCCGCCAAGAAGAUUGUUAACGUGCAAUCGCAACUCGAGAAGCUCAUUUCUCAAAACUACUACCUGAAUAAGAGCGCCAAAGAUGGCUAUAGAAGCUACCUCCAAGCUUACGCUAGCCACAGUCUACGGACAAUUUUCGAUGUGCAUAAGCUAGAUCUGGUCAAGGUAGCGAAGGGUUUCGGGUUUAGUGCGCCGCCGAGAGUGGACUUGACGUUGGGAGCGAGUAUGAGCAGGGAUAAGAAGACGCAGGGACGAAGGGCGUAUGGAAGUCAGCCGAAGCAGGGAGGGAGCUUCAAGAAAAGGGGGACUUACUAGGGAGUGGAUGGAGAAGUGUCAAUAUGAAUGAUACCUUGCAUUGUGGGCAUUUGUGUAUGAGCCGGAAAAUAACAUUGCACUCUUAGUUUCUUCCAACUUAUCAGUCUCCC